AUGUUUUCACUCGGCUGUUUUCCAUACGAAAUGAAAAAUAAACGUGCAUCUACUAUUCGUUCUUUUGUUAAUGGUACAUUAAAAACUUUCGGUUUAGCAUUGGAUUCAGAAAAAUUUGUUGUGACUAACAAUGAACCGAUAAUGACAUGUACUUUCAAUACAGAUUGUAAACGUAUAGGAUGCAGCGAUCAUUACAUCAACAAACAACUUCAACAUACGUUUACAACAAAAACAAUUGAUGAAAAAUUAGUUGAUUGUGAUGUAGCACAAGAACUUUUCAAUAAUGCUAAAAUUAUGGUUUCAAAUAUUCGUCGAUCACAUAAACAACAGAACUUAUCUAAAAAAUUAAUUUUAUACGCAGAUACACGUUUUUAUGGAGCAUAUGCAAUGUUAAAUGUAUUUUCAAGUAUUUUUGAUGAAUUAGUUCAAAUACUAGAUUCGAAAUUAUUAACAACUUAUUCUCGUAUAAAUGAUGACUUUUUACUUGAUAUAUGCCGAUUUUUAUUACCAUUUGAUACAGUUAUUAAAGCUUUAAGCAAACGUUUGGAUGAAAAAUGGGAACUAGCCGAUGAACAUCUUAUUGCGGCAGUACUUCAUCCAAACAAUAAACAUUUACAUAAAAGUCCUCAUUUGAAAGAAUGUGCAAUACUUUUAUUAAAACAAGAAAUGUUUAAACGUCAUGACCGUUUUUCAUCUACAACUACAUCAACUGUUGCCGGUUUACCAGAUACAUUAUCAACAACUUCAUCCACAUGUUCAUCAUCAAUAUCUUCCACAUCAGUUACAAAAUUUGUUUGUUUAGAUGCACGAGAUAUUUUAUUAAUGGAAGUAUUUGACAAACCACCUUCAGUAUCAGAAAACAUCAUGUUGAAAAAAAAUUAG